UUAAUGUUAGUGUUUACUGUUUAGGGUUUAUAUUUUCAUUGUGUAAAUUAGGGUUGAAUUAUUUCAGUUUAUAUAUACAAAUACAUAGAUUUUUUGUGGGAAUGGGGUCAAGGGGUGAAUUGGGUAUUGAGAAUUUGAUGUCUGCAAGGAAUUCUUUGAAGGGUAAUUUAGAAAAGUGUAAAUCUUUAGGGUUAUCGAUACGAAAUGCUGGUCCCAGGUUAGAAGAGAUUAAUCAGAGGUUACCGUUGCUAGAAGCUGCGGUUAGGCCUAUUCGGGCGCAAAGGGAUGCACUUGAUGCAGUUGGUGGUCAUAUAAACAGAGCUGUGGUUCCAGCAGCUGCUGUUUUGAAAGUGUUUGAUGCGAUUCAUGGGUUAGAGAAGUCGUUAUCGGAUCCUCAGUCGGAUCUUAAUGGGUACCUUGCAGUUUUGAAGAAUUUGCAGGAAGCGUUGAGGUUUCUUUCGGAUAAUUGUGGGAUGGCGAUUCAGUGGUUGGAUGAUAUUGUCGAAUAUUUGCAGGAUAAUAAUGUAGCAGAUGUAAGAUACACUAAUAGUUUGAAAAAGGCUUUAGAGUAUCUUAAGGAAUUGCAGAGUAAUGAAGAAAAGGGACGGCUUGAUGGUGGGCUUUUAGAGGCGGCUUUAGAUAGGUUGGAGGUUGAGUUUAGACGUCUUUUGAAGGAAAAUAGUGUACCAUUACCUAUGUCUUCAUCCCCGUUGAAAGAUGAACAAGCCUGCAUUGCUCCAUCUCCGUUGCCUGUCCCUGUCAUUCGGAAGUUACAAGAUAUUCUCAGAACCUUAAUCGCUAACAACAGACUUGAAAAUUGCAAAUCUAUCUAUGUUGAAGUUCGUAGUUCGAUUGUUAGAGCAAGUUUGCGUGCAUUGAACCUGGAUUAUUUGGAGAUUUCAGUUUCAGAGUUCAAUGACGUGCAGAGUAUCGAGGGUUACAUAGCCAAGUGGAGUAAACAUUUGGAGUUUGCAGUGAAGCAUUUAUUUGAGGCUGAAUAUAAGCUUUGUAAUGAUGUUUUUGACAGAUUGGGAUUAGAUGUAUGGAGGGGUUGUUUCGCUAAUAUAGCAGCCCAAGCAGGCAUGCUUGCUUUUCUCCAAUUUGGGAAAACUGUCACUGAGAGUAAGAAAGAUCCAAUAAAGUUAUUGAAGUUAUUAGACAUUUUCGCGUCUUUAAAUAGGUUAAGGUUAGAUUUUAACCGUCUCUUUGGUGGGGCUGCCUGUGCUGAAAUUCAAAAUCUCACAAGGGAUCUCAUCAAAAGAGUAAUUGAAGGAGCUUCUGAAAUAUUUUGGGAGCUUUUAGUUCAAGUGGAGUUGCAGCGACAAGCCCCACCUCCACCCGAUGGCAGUGUUCCAAGACUUGUGAGUUUUAUCACUGAUUACUCCAAUAGGCUUAUUGGAAACGAUUAUAAAUCAAUCUUGAACCAAGUUCUAGCCAUUGAAAGAAGUUGGAAGCAUGAAAAGUUUCAAGAAAGUCUUCUUCAUGAUGAGCUUCUUAAUUUGGUCAGAGCCAUUGAAUUGAAUCUUCAGUCAUGGUCGAAGGCCUAUAAUGAUACCAUCCUUUCAUACGUUUUCUUGAUGAACAAUCACUAUCAUCUUUAUAAGCAUUUAAAAGGCACAAAGAUUGGAGCUCUAUUGGGUGAUCAAUGGUUAAGAGAACACCAAGACUCCACAGAGUACUAUUCCACUAUUUUUUUAAAGGAAAGUUGGGCAAAACUUCCUUCUCAUUUAAGUCGGGAAGGCCUGAUUCUGUUUUCUGGAGGCCGUGCCACUGCACGUGAUCUUGUAAAAAAGAGUCUUAAAGCUUUUAAUGAAGCUUUUGAUAACAUUUAUAAGAGGCACUCUACAUGGGUUCUAAUGGAGAAAGAUCUACGGGAAAAGACAUGUCAGCUUAUCAUUCAGGCAAUUGUUCCUGUUUACAGAAGUUAUAUGCAGAAUUAUGGGCCAUUGGUUGAGCAAGAUUCUAGUGCUAGCAAGUAUGCAAAAUUCACUGCUCAAUCUUUGGAGAAAAUGCUUAAUUCUCUAUUCUCACCAAAACCGUUGAGACAUAGUAGUUUUAAAGUCCGGCAACAGAGUAGUAAAUUCAGUAGUAAUGGUGUGGAAGAUCAGUAUUCUGCUUCUCCGACACCCACCACCGCAUCAGCAUGAGAUGGGUUCUUUGUACAUAUUGAGGAACUCAAAGUGUAUAAGAACACCUUAAUUUAUAUUCUUAAAGUUUGCUGCAUGAAAGGGAAUUUUUUGGUUUUUGUUUCUUGGAUCUGCGUACUAACCAGCCAGCAGAAGAUUAAAACGACAAGCAUAGUGGCGGGUGAUAUUUAACCUUUUCAGGUUGGUCUUUGUUGGGUUGAAUCCAUAAAUUAUUGGUUCUGUUUUAGGUUUAGCAGCAAGUUAAGUUAUAAUUUAGUUCUGUUCUUUUACUGUACAAUUAUUUUGGUAUAAAGUGCAUCUAGGAACUCUGGCACCAUAAAUUUUACAGUUACUUGAAUCUUGAAAUUGAUGUGUAUUUUAUAAAAGUUGGUUUAGCAUGGGUUUAUGAUGUUA